UUUUCCCUUAAAACAAUUCCAGACGGAACCCUGGGGCAAAAUCUGUGAUAAAAGAAACAAAUUGCUCAGUCCACCUCUACAUCCAUUACUCCGACGAAUUCAGAGUUGUUAUCCCUUAACAAUGCCAUCUUCUUCUCAUGAACUUCCCAUUAGCAGACGUUUCUUCAAGGUCAUGGUGCCUGGUUUCCACUCUAAAUUUACAAUUCCACCAGCUUUUUGUCCGAAGCUAAAAGGGGAUAAAUCAGAAAAGGGGACUAUAAUAAAGGGCAAGGAUACAUGGAAUGUUGAAAUCGGUCGAUCCAAGAAGGGUAAAAUCUCGUUUGAUAAGGGUUGGGAAGAAUUUGUGCAAAAUUAUAACUUAAGAGUUGGAGAUUUUGCUGUGUUUGAGUACUUGGGUAACAUGAAUUUCACUGUUACCCUUGUUGAUUCAACUGGUUCUGAUAAAAAGUUGUUGGAAAAUGGCCAACAACUACCUUCCCAGGAGAAAAAGGUGAAAUCUACUCAGUGCGGAAUAGAGAAAAGGAAACUUGAGGGAGAUCAACCUCACUACCAAUGCAUGAAAGGAAGUUCUGAGUUUACGGCAAGAAUAAAAGAAUAUAAUGUGAGAAAACGUUCUCCUUAUAUGCAUAUACCCACAGAAUUUUGUCAGUCGAAUGCACUCUUUCAGAAUACAACCAUAACGUUAACAGGUCCCUCGGGUAAAUCAUGUCCUGUGAGUCUGAGAAUUUGCAAUGGUGGGAAGACUUUAUAUGCUUGUAUUACAAGAGGCUGGCAUGAUUUCUUUUCAAGCAACAAGCUAAAAGUAGGAGAUGUUUGCAUCUUCCAACUUGAUCGCUCAAAAAGCGACUCAAGUUCCAUUGCCAUCGAUGUUCGUGUUGUGUAGGCUGCAGACUUUUCUUUUAUCUUUAUUCUUUUGAUUUUUUACUAGUUAGUGUUACCUUGUAAACAUAUUACAUUAGGUAUUGGUUUACAUAUUUGAUUGGCUGAUCAACAACAAGUUGUACUCUAGCUGCUGCAGAGUAAUUAGGCAGUGUGUUAUUUGUUGAGAAGCAAAAAUGCUGAUGAAUAAGUUGCUUCAAGAAAAUAAACUUAGAGGCAACUCAAGCCAGAAGGAGAGACUGAAGGCCAUUCCAACCUCCAUUUAAUGGACAAUAUGGGAAGAAAGGAACAAAAGAUGCUUUGACGAUAAAACAAGUCAUAUCCAGAAGAUAAUUUUGAAGUGUUUGGUACUUUUGUAUUUCUGGUGUAAAGAGACAUGUGUAGAAGAUCAUGAUUCAAUUUUUGAUGUUUUAGACUCCUUCUAGAUGAUAGAGGAGCUGUAAGCUUGGUCUCUUUACAGUCCUGUAAUUAUGGAUGAUUAUACAGUCUUUGUAUAAUCUUUCUAUUUAUAUAAGAUAUGUGACCUGUUUCAAAAUAUAUAAAUAAAUAAUGAGUACCAUA